AUGGCACCAAUUGCCCAAGCUGUCGUCGUGUCCCUCGAGGACCUCAAGAAUGGAUCAAUCGCGCUGGAAAAGCUGCAAGAGGCCUUUGGACCGGGAUCGCUGGGGAUUCUCGUCGUCAAGGACGUGCCGGCCGAGUUUGCCGAGCUGCGGAAGCGGCUGCUGUCGUACGCGUCGUACCUGGGCAACCAGCCGGAAGAGGUGCUGGCCCGGCUCGAGAACGAAGCGGCCAAGUACCUGACCGGCUGGUCGCGCGGCAAGGAGACGCUCAAGAACGGCCAGGUCGACACGCUCAAGGGCUCCUACUAUGCCAACUGUGCCUUUUACGUCGACCCGGCGCUGGGCUGCGCCAAGCCGACGGCCGAGUUCUCGCCCGCCACCUUUCCCGAGUACCUCUCGCCCAACGUGUGGCCCGACAGCGACGCCCUUCCCGGCUUCCGCACCACCUUUGAGGCGCUGUGCCGCCUGAUCAUCGACGUGGCCGUGCUGGUUGCCCGCGCCUGCGAUCGCUUUGCCGCCCAGGCCAUCCAGGGCUACCCGGUCGGCUACCUCGAGGGCGUCGUGGCCACGUCGACCACCACCAAGGCCCGGCUGCUGCACUACUUCCCGGCCGAGAAGACGACCGCGAGCGAGACCGCAGCAUCUGGUGACGGUGACGACUGGUGUGCCACCCAUCUCGACCACGGCUGUCUGACCGGCCUCACUUCGGCCAUGUUUGUCGACGAGACCGACUGGACCGCACCGACAGCUGUAGCCACGGGCCUUUCCCCGCUCGAUGAGCUCGCCGCAUCGCCUGAUCCGGCUGCCGGCCUCUACAUCAAGUCGCGCACCGGCGAGACUGUCCAGGUCAAGAUCCCUCGCGACUGCAUCGCCUUCCAGACCGGCGAGGCACUCGAGCGCAUCACCGCCGGCCAGUUCAAGGCCGUGCCGCACUUUGUGCGCGGCUCCGCGCCCAGCAGCAGCAGAAUCGCUCGCAACACCCUCGCCGUCUUCACGCAGCCAAACCUGGCCGACGAGGUCGACCGCGAGCAGCACAUCACGUUUGGCGAGUUUGCUCGCGGCAUCAUCACUAAGAACACAGUGUAG